AUGGCGGGUUUCGCUGUAUUGACUGCAAAUCGACGUGGGCGCGUGACGCCUGUGGAAAACUUUGCAUCCGCUGCGCUGCCACGCGCGCCCGAGCUGACCGUCGCCAAACGGUCGCGCAAGAGUCUGCCCAGCACGUCGCCGACGCGGUUGACGCAGCUCUACCCUGAACUUCCUCCUGCUAUGGAUAUCCUUCAGUGGCCCUCUCCUGCCCAUGACCUGCCCGCAUACCAGCGCGUGCAAGCUGACUGGAUGCCGACGUGCUACUGCCCAAUCUGCUUCUGCCACAUAUCUGAGGAUAUGUGGCCGCAGAACCUCGGCCAACACCUGGCAGACGUCCACGCCCUCAGCACGCGAGAGUACCGACGAUUGAUCCUGCAAGACGCCAUGGCAGACAUGAAGCCCACCACACCGCAACUUUUAUGCAAUCGUUCGGCCGCUUACCGCCAACAAGCCACGGGCCCAGACGUCACGCAUGGGACCUGUGCUGGCUGUGCUCGCGCUAAACCUGUGCGCAAACUGCAACUUGUCCAACUUGGCUUGACUGACCAGGUUCCUGCAUGGUUGGGGUGGUCGCAAGAGGAUUGGUCAACGCACAGAUCAUCCUGGCUAUCUGAAUUGGACCGACUCUUAGACACCACGACAUACUGGAACAAGUACUUCAGUGGUCCUCGCCGCUUAGCAGAAUCAGAAGAGGCCUGUCAGACGGCGCACGCUGCCGGUUGCCAUCUGGCUUGCGAGCGCGCCGACGCCUGGCUACAGCGUGUCCAACUUUGGGCUGCGAAUAUUCUACGGGAUUUGGAAUUGGAUUCGGUGCCA